GGGCUUUGAGACAACCGAUACAACAAUAGCCCUUAAUGUUCGGGAGACUACUCAAACCUUAAUGUUUGUACUACCUAGAUUAGGGGAAACAGCCGAGCGGACUAGCUGAGUCAGUCUUGCCCGCAUGUUGAUCCACCCUCCGAAAAAGUACUUUAACACGACCUGACACCGGAGAUGGGCACCAGCCAUGAGUCAUUGUUGGUGGGAGCAACACCUUGAGACUUUUCUCCUUUCGAAGGUUCAAUGUUGCAAAUAGUGUGCUACUCGGAAGCAUUGGGUUAGAAUGAGAGUUGGGGGUUUAUCAUCCAGCUGACUUGUGCAACAUAUCUCGGCUGUCCUGUCAAUCGUAAAAGUAUGUAGCUGCCAUGAGAGGCCAAGUAAUAUUAGAUGACAUAACUGGCCAAAUAUGGCCCACAGAUUUCAAUUUGGACGUGCUCAAAACAUCGGAUAAAUUAACAACUUUGUUGGAAAUAGUGGGUUCUGGCAUAUCCCAGACUACUGCAAUAAGCUGCCAUUGUACUUAUAUGGCUGUAGUCACUACAGGAGAACCUGGCUCCAAUUUAGUAUUUGUCAUACAUCUUGUUGAAAACCGGUAUUACUUAUUGAAAAAGACUGUAGAACCAUGUACAACACUGGCAUUUCAUCCUUACCAGGAAAAUGUUCUCUUCAUAGCAACAGAGUCGAGUAGUUUAUACAAACUUGAUGUCAAUGAUGGAAGUGUCAUGCAGAUGAUAGGACACACAUUUCCAGUGGAAGGAAUUCAUUCAGGAGCCCGGUCACCUUUGGUUAUCUCGUACAAUUCAGAUGAAGUUCUCCUGUGGUCAUGGCCUUCACUUAAUCUUACUAGCAGAUUGCGAUUAGAGGAAAUUGUUCCAGUGAAAUGGGCUGGUCAUGUGUGGCAGCGAGAUGAACUUGUUGUCAGCUUUGUGACAGGUGGCAUUCUCAUAUGGCCAAGCCAAAACAGGUCUCAGCAGAUUACCAUUCAUCCUCCUGAAGGAUUACAACUGGAUUUUACUGCUUAUGCUCUGUCAAGUGGAGGAGAGUGGCUUGUUGGCGGUGGGAAGAGUCAUCUUCUUGUAACAUACUCUCUCAUAAAUCGUUCAGUUGCUCAGGUGGUACAGUUACCUGCCUCAUGUACUGAUGUCUUCCGAGUCACCUUUCUACCUGCCAUUCAUCCUCGGUAUUUCCAGGUGUUAGCUGUACUUAAUUCAACAGGAAUACUUACCAUAAUUGAUUUUACUACGUCAACAAAACUGAAGACAUUGCGAGCCCAAAGAUUCAAUAUUGUUUCAGUGAAUGUCAGUGAAGAUGGAAAUUUCCUUGCAGUCACCUACGCAAAUAGUACAACAAAAAUGUAUCCAGCUAGAGCUUUAUUUCCCACUGAGUCCAGUGACAAAAUGCAAGAUUUGGUUCCUGAAGUUAAAUUCCAAGUUAUUGAGAACAGAAAACCCAACAAGAGACAAGAGGAGGAGAAACUGAAGAAAAGGGAACAUUUUAAAAAAUUACGUGAGCUUUUGGAAAAGACCAAGUGGUAUGAGAUUCUUCAGGAAUUUAAUGAAUAUCCAGAUAAGUAUAGAAGCAUAAUCUGGGUUUCCAUCCUAGAUUUGCCCCGAAAUUACUCUGUCUUUAGUGAUCUUUUAGACAAAGGUGUACAUCCAGCAUAUGAGAGAAUACAAGAUGUACUUAAUUUGUCUGAUGGAGCCUUACUGAAGAUUUUAAAAGGCACAUUAUCAGCUUUAGCUCACUGGGCUCCAUUUCUAGCAAGUGUCGAAUACUUGCCAGAAUUUGUGUUUCCCUUCGUAAAAUUCUUUCACAGCAACCCAUUGCUCUGCUUUGAAGCUGUAACAACUGUUAUAUUAAACUGGUGCCAGUCCUGGUUUGAAUUUUGGCCAAAGCCUGGUGUACUGGUACUUAAUGUGGUUGAACAGCUGAUCUGUGACAAUGAUUCUCCCUUACUUGCACAUUUGAUGAGACUGAAGGUUACUGCUGAAGAAUACGCUUGGUCUCUCCUCAUGAAUGCUUUUUCUAGAGUUGUAUCUAAUGAAGAUUGGCUUGUGCUUUGGGACCACAUACUCUCCAACCCACCAGCUUUUCUACCUUGUGUAGCAGCUGCAUUUAUAUUGAAAUCCAGGCAAACCCUCCUCACUUGUUCAGAUGCUUAUGAAGUUAAGACGUAUCUUAGUCAAGAAUCUUGGAUGUCUGUCAGACCGGUUUUAAAUAAAGCAUACAUUAUGUAUGCAAGAAGCCAUAGCAGUAGUCUUCCUAAGGAUAAAUUUGGUCAGUUCACUCCUCUUCCCAAGGGAGGUCUACCUUUCUUUGGCAUUGGGCCAAGAGACGCCAGAGAUGAAGAGCGAGAAAAGUUGGAGCGGAGUCUUCGUAAUAAGAGUUCUGUCCUUCCUUCUCCAUUACGCCAGAGAGUCGGCCCGAGUCCUAGAAAUGAUGGAAUAUUUGCCAAGAAGCAAGAAGAUAUGGUGUACUUAAUUGGUAGGAAGGAACUUCAGAAACAAGAGGAAGAAUGUCUGAAUAGCAUCAGAAACCUUCGGAAAAGACACUUAGCAAAUGCCAAGGAAAACUUGAGUUAAUUUGGUUGAACCCCGUAACACUAAAGUAGGGUGUUGGCGGUUUACGACAUUGAUAUUUAAGAGCACUUCAAAUUAAAUGAACAUUUCAAAAGUGUGUUAUUAAAUGUUUUCAAUGCAAUGCAGUGCCUUAGCUGAGGAAAUCAUUAUUUUUGUAAAAAUAGCAGUUUGCAAGUAGUCAGAGAUUUUGAUUUUUAUAUUUUAUUUUACUUGACAUGGAGUAAACAAAUGCUGCUGUUAUUGGACCAACAGAGGCAUUACUGCCUACAAAGUGCUGAACAGGGCAUAAUACUGAUAAUUUUAAAAGGCUCCUUGUGUCAUCCCUUUUCUGUCUAAGUGUCAUUAUUUUUUCAUAUUCCCUUUAGUCUCUUUUAUUGCUGCCUAACUAUAGUUUUCCAUUCAUUUAAAAAUAAAGUCCUUCAAGGCAUACUCACUCUAAAUUUCAAAAUGAUUCAGUGUCAAGUGUAACUACUUUAUAAUAGCCAUCAUAAAACUCCAAUUACAGAUAAUAAAAAUAUUUUUCAAGCCCACUUAUAACUUGAGUAUUGGUAUCAUGUAAACUAGUUGACAUCAUCACCCUAUAUUGCUUGAAUCCCAAACCACCCUUGAUUACAUUAUUGUACAUUACAGUAGUUGGAACAGACCAGCUAACCCAAAGGGCCUGUCCUCAAGUGAAAGGUGAAGAUCCAAGCAAGAUACAGCAAAUUUGCCAAAGACAGUAGACGACUUCAUAGAAUCUUGAGUUAAAAAAAUAUGAAACAGCCAUUCCUACCUUCCACCUAAUGCCCAACCUCUUCAGCUAUUGGUUUCUCAAAUUUUCAUUAUUAUUUAUGAACAGAGGAGUCUUGCAGUGGCUCACAGAAGGGUUAAACUAUUUUUAAUUAUAACUUGGAGAAUGGCAUAA